GGCUCCUGCAAGUGGGGCUGGCUGCCUGUGCUGGGCCAGGGCCAAGCCUGGGGAGGCACCAUUCGGAGCUAAACUGACAGCUCAGGGACACGGGAGCCCAGCCUGCUGAUCUGCUGCAAGAUUCGGCAAAAGAAAGCCGCUGACACCUGCUUCUCCAGCCGCCAAGGAAUGGAGCAACUUUGCCAGUGACCCUACCUUUGGCUAGCCACAAAGCAAGAAGGGCAGCUGUGCAGAAGAGGAUGACUGAGAUGCUCUUGCUGUACUUCUUCGUGUUUCUUUUGCCCACAGAGUCCAGUAGGACAUUAUGCCAGGCUGCCAGCCAGAACACGGAGCAGGUGUCUCCCGGGCCACAUGGUGCUUGCGAUGGUACUUGUGUGGACAAUGACUACUGCAGCCAACAUUGCCCUCCAGAAUUUCAGGGGCAUAUGAAGUUUUCAUGCCAGCAGAAGAGAUGGCACAAAAUCACUGAUACCUGCCGGACCCUUAAUGCCCACAACAUCUUCGAGGAUAAAAAUUCCUUUCAAAUGUUUGCUGAAACGAAAGAAGAUGACAAUAACACGGGGACCAUUACAGAUUUGUUGAUGCAAAAGUGCCCCGAGAAUCUGUCCUGUGUGAUCAAUGGCAUUCAGAAAUCUCCCCGGAUCCCGGGAAACAUCGCUUUUAUCGUGGAGCUCUUACACAACAUCUCGGCUGUGCUGACAAAUGUUGACGAGGCAAAGAUGCAGAGUUACAGCACCAUGGCCAACCACAUUCUCAACAGCACAAGCAUCUCUAACUGGACCUUCAUCCCUGACAGAAACAGCAGCAGUAUCCUGCUGCACUCAAUCAAUUCCUUUGCCAGAAAUCUGUCUAUAAAUAAGCAGCACAUGGACAUAACGGAUGAGUUCAUUCACACAAUGGGCGCCAUCAUUUCCGGAGACACCCCUGGAAAGAAUUUCAGUUUUUCCAUGCGAAUCAACGAGACCAGCCACAAGGUCAUGGGGAGGGUGUUGAUCAGUGGAGAUGAACUUGAGAAAGCGCUUCCUCCUUCUCAAGCCAGCAGCGCCAUCAGCAUUGCGUUUCCAACGCUUGGGGCCAUCUUUGAAGCCAGUGCUCAUGAAAACGCCACCGUGAACGGACUUGUCCUGUCUGUCAUUCUGCCCCAGGAACUAAAAAGAAUCUCACUGAUUUUUGAAAAGAUCAGCAAGUCGGAGGAGAGGCGGGCACAGUGUGUGGGCUGGCAUUCCCUGGAGAGCAGAUGGGACCAGAAGGCCUGUCAAAUGACUCAGGAAAACUCCCAGCAAGCGGUUUGCUCAUGUCAGCCAAGCGAGCUGUUUACCUCUUUCUCAAUCCUGAUGGCGCCCCACCUCUUGGAGAGCCCGAUCUUGAGUUACAUCACGUACAUAGGCCUGGGAGUUUCUAUUUUCAGCUUGGUCAUUUGCUUGUGCAUCGAGGCCUUGGUCUGGGCCCAAGUGACCAAGACAGAGAUCUCGUAUUUGCGCCACGUGUGUGUGGUUAACAUCGCGGCCACCUUGCUGACGGCCAACGUGUGGUUCAUCGUGGCUUCCUUUCUCAGUGGUCCAAUGAGGCAGCACGGGGCAUGUGUGGCGGCGACCUUUUUUGUUCACUUCUUCUACCUUUCUGUGUUUUUCUGGAUGCUUGCCAAGGCUCUCCUCAUCCUCUACGGAAUCCUGAUUGUCUUCCAUACGCUGCCCAAGUUGGGCCUGGUGGCAUCAUUCUUUGCAUUGGGCUAUGGGUGCCCUUUGGUCAUUGCUGGUAUCACGGUCGCUGCCACUGAGCCUGGCAAAGGCUACCUCCGGCCUGAUGCCUGUUGGCUUAACUGGGACACGAGCAAGGCCCUCCUGGCUUUUGUGGUCCCGGCGCUGGCCAUCGUGGUGGUCAACCUCGUCACCGUCGCACUGGUGACCGUCAAGACCCGGCAGACCACCGUCGGCAAGUCCAUGUUCCGGGAGGUGAGGGCCAUCGUGAGGAUCAGCAAGAACAUCGCCAUCCUCACGCCGCUGCUGGGGCUGACCUGGGGAUUCGGGUUAGCCAUGGUCCUCGAUGGUGGCUCCCUGGCCUUGCACAUCAUCUUCUCCCUGCUCAACUCCUUCCAGGGCCUCUUCAUUUUGGUGUUUGGAACAAUCCUGGAUCGGAAGAUAAGAGAAGCCUUAAUUGGUCGAAUAACCUCUGCAAAAUGGAUCUCCAGACCAUCAGAGAACCUUCCUACUGAUUUCUCUCCUAACCUCACCAAAGGGUCAAGCUAACACCCCAGGCAACUCUCCGAACUUGGGAGGUCCUACGUGCCAGAAGUGGCAGAGCUCCCAGGGGAAAUAUGCUGAUCCCUGCUUUUCUUACCUCUGGGGAGUGUGAAGGAAGCCCCCCACUCCAUGGUGCUGAUGGAGGAAGGCAUGAAGGGCGGAGGGAAUGGCAGGCUCCUCUGCCUAAGCUGUUCUGUGCUAUUAGUGUUUCUCCCGCAUCCACUGUCAAGGUCUAUAUAUGCCAUGCUGGGGGUGUGUGUGUGUGUAUGCCAAGGGCAAAGCAGAAUCUUGGUCUUGUUGGGGCCUCCAGAUCCAUGCUGUUGGAUCACAUUUAUCCUGAAGACAAGAACUUUGGUUCCUCUUGGGCAUGGUGGCCUGGGAUGUCACCUGGCUGGAUUCCAUGGGAAGCUGAGGGAGGGCCCUCGGUGAAUCAUCACCCACAGUUGGGCUGACUCUAAGUAGGUCAUUUCUGGUUCUUUGGACGAAAGGAAUCCAACUGCCAGAGUGUUCCACCCUUCCAAAUUGAAAUUGAUGACACGGUCAGCCUGGCUUGGGCUCAGGUGCAACUUCUUUGGCCGUGAGCUAAGUGAAAAGCCUAGAGCUUUUGAACCAGAAAGAUGUUGAUUUUCAGUUAAGGAGACUGAAGCCUGGAGUGAUGGGGUGAUGGCUAAUCAAGGCUUGAGCCAGAGGUAGAAAGUCAAGUGCGCCGUCUCCCAAUCCUGGCCUUUCUCUGCAAGACGAUGGAAUCCCCAAGGGCCUCUCUGCCUCCUCUAAGUAAGAUUAACCCUCACCAGCAAUGUGGUGUCUUGAGACCUGGGGUGAGGGAGGUGAACUGUAUUUCAAGUAGAAAGCUACUCAUUUUCUUCAUCUUGGAUGUAGACAAGUUCAACAAUCAUAUCAUGAGCUACUGAUAGGAGAACAGUAUUAUAGGUCAAAACCCUUCUAGAAAAAAAAGAGAAUUCACUCCUUUAUAAAACAAGCACAAAGGCAGAUGCAGCAAAAGAAAAUCAGUCGGUAAAAGGGGGUGAUAAGUAGCCCCUAAUUAUCAUUACCAAGAAGCCAGUAUUAAUGAGGUUACACUACAAAUGGGAAUGUGAGACUCUGUGAAUGAGUGGCCUCUCUCUCUCUUUUUAUAACAACAACAAAAAAUCUCCAAGUAAGGCAGUUUGAGAAACCAAAAACCUAAUAAAGAGGUCAAUCAGAAGGUAGAAAAAUACACCAACUCGGAGGAUGAGUCCUCUUUUGGUGGCAUUUUGCUCAUCCUGGGACAACCCUUGCAUCCUUUUCAGAUGAAGUCAGAAAGGAGGUGUAAUUUGGCAUUUCCCAGCAUCUCUCCAGGGGCUUUUUAAGGGGAGGGGAUGGGUGGAGCCAGUCUUGAUUGUCUCUGCAGAGAUUUCAAUGCAAGGAAAUGGCACUGACCCCAAAUCAGCAGAUUGAAGUGAGGAUGGAUGCUCAUGAAGCUAAAUGGUUAUAGGAUUAGAGAUCUGAAAAAACUUUAGAAAAGACUGACUCUGAUUGCCUUGUUUUACAGAUAGGAACUCUGAGCAUGAGAGAGAGAGAGAGAAAGGGAGAGAGAGACAGAGACAGAGACAAUGAGAGAGAGACAGAGACAGAGACAAUGAGAGAGAGACAGAGACAGAGAGAAAGAGCCAGAGACAGAGAGACAGAGGACAGAGACAAAGAGAUAGAGAGACAGACAGAGAGACAGAGAGCCAGAGAGAGACUGGCCUUUCAUCUGCAUUGUGCAUUGAGCCGUCACAUCUACUACGAAAACACACUCUACCCAGAGGUACUCACUCCCUAAGAGAGGAUGGCAGGAAAGACACUAUAUUGGGAUGAUUAUUAGUUAUGAAAGGCUCAAGGAUGCUAACACAGAAACUCUGGGAUUAUUUGGGACUUCCUGGAAGAAGCUGUGCCCUCUCCCUUGAAGAAGUCUGCCCAUCCUGAAAGAAGUCAGGCUGCCUGUGGAUGACCCAGGGUGGCGACCCACACAACAUCCCGAGGAAGUGACUUGGUCAGGAGGCUCACGGAGAAAUCAGCGCUAACCAUGUCUAAGGCAGAUUCUUGGGUAGAGCACUUCAUAUGUGACAAUCCUUGGGAGAGUGAUUUAAAUCCUGGGAAUUCGGUUGCCCCCGCUAGAAAUUGAGGAGACUAGCACCUACCUCAUAGGGUUGUUACAAAGAUUAAAUGAUUGAAUGUGGGCAAAAUACUUAGACUAGUACUUGGCAAAUCAUAAUUGGCCAUUACGAUGUUGGCUGUUUUUCUUAGAGGACCUGUGAAUUCUUGCACACACACACACCCAAGCAAGCACACAGCCAUGGCUGCCGCGUGAAUUUGGAUGAGACUCUUUGAUGACAUCUAAAUAAGUGUUAAGCAUGGGAUCCAGUCUGUUUCACAUCAGAGCUCAACCAGCAAAAUCUGCUGAACGAUCUUUUCAUGCAAUGUCACCAGAGUUGUGAUAUGCAGUUCCCUGCCCCGGAAAGAGUAUACAUCAUAGAGGAUACAUACAUACGUACAUUGGAGGCACCCUGUCAGGUCAGAAUUCUGAGUCACUUUUUGCCUGCUCUGUGAAGACAUCCUCAUCAUUUCAACCGGAAGCUCUGAUACUCCCCACCUAAUUUCCUAUAAUAUUUAUCAUCUGUGCCAUCACUUUAUAGUGUUUAUUGUGUAAUAGUGUUUAUUUACUUUUAGCCUUUUUACUUUUAGCAUAUAUUUUCUUUGCCAGAUGAGACUUGAAACUCUGGGGACAAGAUCACUCACUUUUGUAUGUCCAAAGAGCAGAGUGAGCUGCUCUGCCAUAGAAUAUAUUCAAUAAAAUCCUUGAUUAUGCAACCAAA